AUGCAUACAUGUAUGCAAACAUUAGUGCUGAACUAUCACUACAUAUCUAGACCACACAGAGAUACAUCUUUGAAUUUGGAGAUUCAAGCAGGAUCUCGUCUGCAGUUGAACCCGGUUCGCAGAUCAGACGCGGGCAUCUACCAGUGUAUCGCCAAAAACAACGUGGGAACUGAUGUUAAAUACGCCAGACUCGAUGUCAUCCAUGUCGCAGACACCACCACCAACAAUAACAACAAUAACAACAACAAUAACAACAACAAAACACAAUCAACCCCAAAUGACUCCUUCACCAUUCCGGGCAAAAUAACAGCCAAGCAGAGUGGCAACAGCGCUGUUUCCAUCGGCUGGACCUACAGUCCCCCGAGCAACGAAACCCCGCAAAAUUUACCGAAGUGGUUUACCAUUCAAUACAAGCAGGAUGGCUCGUCACUCUGGAAAACUUGGCCCCACAACAUCGCUCCCAAGUCCAGGGAGUUUCAAAUGACAAAACUCACUUCAGGCGCCACUUAUCAGUUCAGAAUCAUCGUGACGUAUUCGAAUGGGGAGAGCAAGUUUGGCCCCAUAUCAUCGAAGGUCACUCUGACGGCAGACCAUCACCUCCUGCCCGUGCCAAACAUCGUUGAGACACGCCCACUCGGUGACUCGCAGCUUCUUAUUGGCUGGCAGAUCCAGUCGCCGGCCACUCAAUCGCCAUCGAGUCAGGGCGUCAGCGUGGCGACUCCUGAUUAUUACGUCAUCAGUUACGCGCCAAUCAGCGAGAGUUUCAAGCGGGCCAGACAGUACAGGGUGGACGAUUCCGCAGCCAGGAAGGCCAUCCUGAACGCCGUAGAAGACGGGGUGACUUACAAAGUGCGCAUGCGAUGUCACAGCAACCUCAUUGGCAAGGGGGGGUUCAGUCGGGUUGUCGUCGUUGAUGGAGUUGGAGGGAAUUCAGACUGGUCACCCAACAAGGAAUACGGCAUGGAUGAUGAAGACGUUAACGACAGGCACGAUGACGGAGAGAUGGAAGAUGAAAUGGAGGAAGAAGUGUUUCCGGCUUACGUACCAACUGGAAAAAACCACAUACCAGGCAAUUCGGCUUCGAAAAAAGUUGGAGAAAACAGAAAAGGGAACGAAGCUGUUUCGACCUGGGUGUACGCAGUGCUGGGCUGUCUUGUUGGCCUCAUCUUGCUCGUCGGGUUGGCAUGUCUCGUCGGAUUUUUUGUGAAGAAGAGGAAAAUGGUUAAAGCGGAGAAAGAAAAUGAAAACUUGAAGAAUGAAUGUUUGGAGAGGUUGAAGCCACCACAUGCUCCGCACCCCGUCCACUUGCUGACCUCCUUAUCUGCAGACCAUCAGAAAACCAGCACUUCAACAGCUACUGCCUUCCAAAACAACUUCGUGACGCCACUUCAUCAGCCACAGACCUACCGACCAACGAUUAUUCACGAAAAUUAUAAAAUCAACACAAACCCCAAAGGGACAACCUCUACGAAGCCUCUUCCUUACACAGGGUCAGCUAUAAUUGGGACCGAGAAUGUCGAGGGUACGUUCAGGGCGAGCAAUUCAUUUUUGCCGCCCGUUAGUAGGUUGGGGACCAAUCGACCUGGUGCCGAGUUGAUUCCUGGAGAUGACGGGGUUACGAUGAACCGCUGUGCCGAUGGCAGUUCAAUCCCAGAAAUGAGAUUAUCUCAAAACCACAUAUACAGCACACUAGAAGACCCACACGUAUCCCCUCUCUCUGAUUACGCUUGCAACGGAAUUCUAGCUGGCCAACUUACUGACAUAAAGCCCUUACUACAAUCAAACCACACCGUUGUGUCAUCCAACUGGCUGGCUUCGGGUUCGAAUCCACGAGAGGGCAGCGAUUUGAGUGAUGGCUUCGAAGCGAACUUGGGAGCCACGGAAUGGGACGACCACCAGUACAGCAGCCUGGACAACUUCGCCACCAUCCCACUAACUCUCUCCAACUCCCAAUCUUUCCACAAUCCUCACUCGCCCUCGCCAAACGACAACAACGACAACUUCGACCUGCAUCAAGCACACCAUCAUCUCCAUCAUCCACCUCCUCCUCAUCAUCAUCCUCCUCCCAAUCACCUCUACCCACAGCAGACAAGAAGCUUUCAAAAACCAACCACUUAUAACAACCACACGAGCGGUCUGGCGCACUACCAGCUGGCUUCCGGUCAACAACAUCAUCCCCCGCCUCAGCCAAUCAUCUCGCGAGAUUCUAAUUUAAUAGCCAGAGUGGUCAAGCUUGGUACUGCCAACGCUCAAACGUCGUCGUCGUCGUCAUCUGCUAAUAAGAACAACGAAGUUAAUAACGCUUGCCAUAACAAUAUAAACAAUAAUAGUAAUGUAAACAAUAAUAAUAAUAAUAGCCGAUACAAUCAUGACCGCCAGAUCUCAAACAGUGCUCAAUGAUUUGUAAAA